CUGCGUUUGCUCCUCCCACAGUCCCCCAUUCUUCCGCUAUAGUUGAGGCCACUAUUUGAAGAGACUAGAGAGUGAAAAUGGUGGAGAAGACCAAGGGGAGAAAGGAGGAGGUGGUGACCAGAGAGUACACCAUCAACCUUCACAAGCGCUUGCAUGGCUGCACAUUCAAAAAGAAAGCUCCAAAGGCCAUCAAGGAAAUCAAGAAGUUUGCACAAACAGCCAUGGCAACCAAGGAUGUGAGGGUGGAUGUGAAGCUGAACAAGCAUAUUUGGAGCAGGGGUAUCCAAAGUGUCCCUAGGAGGCUUAGAGUUCGCAUUGCACGCAAGAGGAAUGAUGAUGAAGAUGUAAAGGAAGAGCUCUACUCGCUCAUUACUGUUGCUAAAGUCCCACCUGAAGGACUUGGUGGCUUGGGAACCAAGGUCAUCGAAGAAGAUGAUGAGUUGUUUAUUGAUUAUGUUUGGGAAAAUACUUGAGAGUUUUGGUAAUUGUUUACUGCAACUACUUCUUUUCAAAUAUUUGGCCUGUUGCCUACAUUGUGAACUUUGGCUAUCUAGAUUUUGUCUGUAUUGGUUUUGAUAAUUUUCUAGAGGUUUGUCA